AUGGCACCGCCAAAAUCUACAGCUCCAAAGCUACCCAGUAGUCUUCUUCAGCAACUGGGAAUCGAAGAUGGUGGUGGAAAUGGAGGUCGAGGGCGCAAACGUCUCGGGCGUAAAGAAAUGCGCAAAGCAGAAAGACAAGAGAAGAAGCAGAGUAGAUCCCAGUCCUCUAGGCCUCCUCCGCAAAAGCGAUUAAAGUCACAACAUUCCAAGCAUAAUCAUGCCGACAGUAAUGAAGAGGAAGAUGAAGAUAUUGAACCGUUGAACGCGAAGGUCAUCCCAGAAACAAAACAAGACGAUAGCCAAAAACCGAAAUCCAUAUUGAAAACGACGAAGAAAGCAGACCCCAAACCAGCGAAAGCACCUGUUAAGGAUGACGCGAACACCGAAUCAAGGAUAGGAAAGAAUGUUUCGAGGGCUGUUAAGGAUAAAUUGGCAGAAGAUGACGAUGAGAUCGCCGCUCUGGAGAAGAAAUUGGGAUUGAAAGGGAAGAAGAAAGGUCUACCAAAAUCAUUCCAAGAGGAUGGGUUAGAUGAUCUUCUAGGCGAUCUGGAUGCCUUAGAUGAGAGCGAAGACGAGGAAGUACAGGAAAAGAAAAAAGGAAAAGCGGAGGCAAAUGACUGGCUUCAGCGCAAGAGAGCAGAAGCCCGAAAGCGAGCAAGGGGCAAUGAAAGUUCUGAGGACGAAGAAGAGGAUGAAGACGACGAGAUGAUGGACGAUGACGACGACGAAGCGUCUGAUAUGUCAAUGGAUGAAGGUGAUUUCUCGGGCGGCGAUUCAGGUGACGACGAGAGUGAUCUUGGAGAUGAGGAUACGGCUGAGGACGACUUCGAAGGUUUUGGUUCGGGGAGUGAUGAAGACGCUCCCCCGAAGCCAAAAGUCCGUGAAAACCCGUACGUGGCACCUGUUUCUGCAACUGCAGCAUCCUCUGGAAAAUAUAUCCCACCUUCAUUACGAAAAGCAUCUUCUUCAGAUUCUGAAGAUUUAGUGCGUCUGCGGCGACAAACUCAAGGUCUGGUCAAUAGGUUGACAGAAGCCAAUCUAAUAUCCCUCCUUGGAGACAUAGAAAAAUUGUAUCGGACCAAUCCCCGUCAACACAUGACUUCCACCCUCAUCGAUCUGCUCCUGACAUCUGUUUGCGAACCAACGACUUUGCCCGACACUCUUAUAAUCCUCCCCGCCGGAUUUAUUGCCGCAGUAUACAAGAUUAUUGGUACCGAUUUCGGUGCUCAGGUGGUUCAAAGAAUAGUUGAACUGUUUGACGAACACUAUGCGCGUAUAGUAUCACUAAAUCAAGAAUCCUCGACAUCCGUUCCCGAUAGCAAGGAAACUACCAACCUGAUAGCUUUACUUUCAGAAUUGUAUAACUUUCAAGUAGUAGGUAGCAGCCUCAUUUUCGAUUACAUCAAGCUGUUUUUAGAUACACUAUCGGAACAGAAUGCCGAGCUUCUUUUAAAGAUUGUGCGCAUCUCAGGUCCUCAACUACGACAAGACGACCCUUCAGCACUAAAAGACAUUGUUACUAUGCUUCGACCUGCCGUCCAAAAAGCUGGUGGCGAAGAUAAAUUGUCCGUGAGGACAAAGUUCAUGAUUGAAACCAUCAAUGAUCUCAAAAACAACAAAAUGAAAACUGGUGCUGUUGCUUCCGCUGUCACCUCAGAGCAUACAAUUCGAAUGAAAAAAACACUAGGAACAUUAAAUACCCGAAGUAUAAAAGCCAGCGAACCCCUGCGCAUUGGUCUAAAAGACAUUAGAGAUUCGGAUAAAAAGGGGAAAUGGUGGUUGGUUGGUGCGAGUUGGGCAGGUAAUGCCGAAGACGAGGAAGAGUCCACAUCAAAGGUCAAAAGCACCAGAGAAGUUAAAGACGUAGAUGCAGGGACCUCUGAUCUCGUUCAACUUGCCAGAGAGCAACGCAUGAACACGGAUAUCCGCCGAGCUGUAUUCAUCACCAUUAUGUCCGCCUCAGAUUAUCAAGACGCAUAUCUACGAUUGAUGAAGUUAAAACUAAAAAAGGUACAGGAACUUGAGAUACCGAAAGUCUUGAUACAAUGUUCCGGCGCAGAAAAAAUGUACAACCCGUACUACACUUUGAUAGCAAAGAGAUUAUGUGGUGAUAGAAAGCUCAAGAUGGCCUUCCAAUUCAGUUUGUGGGAUCUUUUCAAGAAAAUGGGCGAAACAAAUGACGACGAUGAUGAAGAUUUUGAAGAGGAUAUCGAGCUGGAUACGAGGCACAUUGUCAAUCUGGCUAAGAUGUUUGGUACGUUGAUGGCAGAAGGUGGACUUGGACUUAACGUUCUCAAGAAUCUAAAUCUCAGCUAUCUACAAGCUAAGACGAAAACUUUCUGUGAGGUUCUUUUUAUCACUAUUAUUCUUCAAACUCAGAAAGCAUCCAAAGAGAACCGAGAUGCGAAAGCAAUUGCAAAUCUGUUCUCGAGGGUGAAGGAAACGCCUCAGAUGAUAACUGGGCUGCAAUACUUCUUAAAGAAGGUAGUAGGCAAGACGGAUAUAGCAGGAGGAAAGGCUGAAAAGGAUAUCGUCAAAUGGGGUUUGCCCAGAGCGGCCGUCAGGUCUGCUUUCAGACAACAAUCCUCCAGUCUUCCCAAGAUAGUUGCCCCUUCAGGAAUUGCAAACUUAUCGCGACGAGGAUAUGCCACUGAAGCUGAAGAGGAGCAAGAUUUGGUUAUCAUCGGAGGUGGUGUUGCAGGAUAUGUUGCCGCUAUCAAAGCUGGUCAAGAGGGCAUGAAAGUAACAUGUAUAGAAAAACGUGGAACUCUUGGAGGAACAUGUUUGAAUGUCGGCUGUAUUCCCUCGAAAGCUCUACUCAACAAUUCGCAUCUUUACCACCAAAUUUUACAUGACACCAAGGCUCGCGGUAUCGAAGUCGGAGAUGUCAAGCUUAACUUGCAACAAAUGAUGAAGUCGAAAGAUACUGCAGUCGCUGGACUCACAAAGGGUGUUGAAUUUUUGUUCAAGAAGAACAAUGUUAAAUAUGUCAAGGGUACUGCUACAUUUACUGGCGAGCACGAGGUCAAGGUCAACCUUUCUGAGGGCGGAGAAGAGACUAUUAUUGGAAAGAACAUCCUUAUCGCUACUGGUAGCGAAGCUACACCAUUCCCAGGACUCGAGGUUGACGAGAAGAGAAUCAUCACCAGCACAGGAGCUAUCGCGCUAGAGAACGUUCCAGAGAGCAUGGUUGUUAUUGGUGGAGGCAUUAUCGGUCUUGAGAUGAGCUCUGUCUGGUCAAGACUUGGUACGAAGGUUACAGUUGUUGAGUUCUUACCUCAAAUUGGUGGACCAGGAAUGGAUGCCGAAAUCGCAAAAUCAUCGCAAAAGAUCCUCAAAAAGCAAGGCAUUGACUUCAAGCUCAACACUAAGGUCAUGGGUGGUGAUGUUACUGGUGAGAAGGUCAAGCUUAGCCUUGAGGCUGCAAAGGGUGGCAAGGAAGAAACCAUUGACGCAGACGUCGUACUCGUUGCUAUUGGACGAAGACCAUACACUGCAGGUCUCGGAUUAGAGAACAUCGGUCUCGAGACUGAUGAUAAGGGAAGAUUGGUCAUCGACUCGGAAUACCGAACCAAGCUGCCUCACAUCCGAGUUGUAGGUGACUGCACCUUCGGGCCUAUGCUUGCCCACAAGGCCGAGGAAGAGGCCGUUGCGGUCGUUGAGUACAUCAAGAAGGGAUACGGACACGUCAACUACGCAGCCAUUCCAUCUGUUAUGUACACACAUCCAGAAGUCGCAUGGGUUGGCCAAAACGAACAGGAGCUCAAGGCUGCUGGCACCAAGUACAAGACCGGCACAUUCCCAUUUUCAGCAAACUCAAGAGCGAAGACCAAUUUGGACACUGAAGGCAUGGUAAAGAUGCUUGCCGAUGCUGAGACUGAUAGAAUCCUUGGUGUUCACAUUAUCGGACCAAAUGCCGGAGAGAUGAUUGCAGAAGCUACAUUGGCUAUUGAAUAUGGCGCAUCAAGUGAGGAUAUUGGACGCACGUGUCACGCACAUCCAACUUUGGCAGAGGCAUUUAAAGAGGCUGCUAUGGCUACCUAUGGCAAGGCUGUCCAUUAUUAG